AGAUUCGUCUCGCGAAUUAGACUCCAUCUGUACGAUUAGUUUUAUAAUUAGCCUAUAUUUAAUACUCCUAAUUAGCAUCCAAACAUCCGAUGUGACGCCUGCUAAAUUUUAGUGGGGUGUAUCCGAACACCCCCUCUAUCUAGCAUCCUGUGGCUGUCUUUGCAGCAACUAUUCCUCGUUUGAGCCUGGGGUUAAUAGACAAAAGGCCCUGGUGGACCGAAUGGUUCGUGCGAUCCAGUUCAUCGGUGCAGCGUGUUCCUUGACGUGGCCAGAAUUCUACUACAUUUCCUAGUUCCUACUGGCAGCUCUCAGCAUGUUCACAUCUGCAGCCUUUGUAUGUAUAAUUAUUUUACACCCGCUGUCGGGCAGUGGCUUUUGGCAAAGUUUCACUGAGCUGGGGCGGUACAAGAUGACUGGAUCUUUGCGUAAUCGAAGUAACUUGACUACUUGAGGUAUAACUCUCCUGCAUUCACUGCAUUCGAGAAAAACUAUCGUCCAUGGUUCCAUGAACACAGUAUAUGUGACUCCGCUUGUUUUUCCUGGUCUUGUUGGGAUUCUGGAACCGGCCGCCUGUCGAUCAACUGGCUUCUGUGCGAUUCCUGACUGUAAAAAAGCCUUUAAAAUCUCCUGGGGGCGCGAGUUUGGAGCUUGGGAUCUCGGGCCUUAACGACCCCGAUGCGAGGCGGGCUUUUUCUUUAAUCCAGCACCUGACCCCCUGCAGCUCCGGCACGUGAGCAGGCCUACGCGGACUCCACGAGCGCAGCCGCGGGGCGUGGUGCUGGUGCCGCGCCGUGUGCACUGCACCGUCACGCACCCGUCUCGCCCGCGGCAUUGUUGGCAAGGGGGCUCUACUCCCGAAGCCCGGCCACCACCCCGGCGGAUCGGAAGCUAAGGCCGGGCACGCAGGGCGCACAGAGCCCACACGUGGUGCGCCAGUGCGCGCACCGUGCGUGGCUCGGCGCCGCACGGUACAACUAGGGCCAUGCGGUGCAAAAGAACGCCUAGGGCUUGGUAAAGAACGCUUGUACAUCAGUACGGCCGGGAGCAGAUGUUUUAUUACUUGUAUAUGUAUAAAUAUGUAAGUGGUGUAAGAGAUCUCGCGACCUUGAGGUUUGACCACCCAAUCGAUCUCGAGCUGACUAGCAAAAAAGGGGCAUCUGCACCGCUUGCAUAUAAAACGUCUGCAGAUGCGUCUUCAGCUCCUCUCAUUUUCAUACAGAAACACUCUCGCAGUCUCGCCGCGUAGUAGGAGUUCGCCAUGGGUUGCAGAAGGGCUUCUUCGACUACUCAUCUCAUUGUCAUCUUGGCCGUCGUCUUCUUGCUCACACUUGACCGUCCCGUUGCUCAUGCUCGCCACUUGAGGAGCCCGUCCACGUCGACCGCCGAGCAUUCGUCGAGAGAGAAAGGAUCGCAACGGACGAGGAGCCACGGCGUGGAGCACACCAAGAACGCAGAAACCGUGCGCCUGGAGAAGGGAUCGACGGGAGAAGGCGCGGCCGGAGCAAGCGUCGUCGGCCGCGGAGGAAACAGCCCUGCUGCGUCUGCCGAGAAGGUUGUGGUGGCGCGCUACGGGCCCAGGCCUCACCCUAAAAAACACAACUAAGUUUAGGUAUCCGUUUCAAGUGUCGCUGUACCUAUUUCUUGUAGCUAGGCUAGUGUUUUUUAUUUCCUUCCUUUUUACUUCUGUCUCUAUAGUUGAUGAAGAUAGGAUAGGAUAGGAUAGGAUGGAUCAAACUCCAUAGAUCAUAGCAGUGUACUAGUCAGUUGUUGAGUUGUUUGUCAUCGUUGCUGAGAAGUUAAUCUUGACAGAGAUUCUUCAUCUCGUAUAUAUAGAAGUCCUGAUGCUUGUUUCGA